AUGGCGGCAACACCCGCCGGGGAGGUCGCGGAGGCCAUCCGCCGCGCGCUGCGGCCCAAAGCAUCGGCCUUUGAGCGGUUGGGCCUCCCGGCUGCGGUCUGCGAGGCGGUUGUCGUCCGCAGAGCCUACCGCACAGCCGCGCUGCUCAUUCACCCUGACAAGUGCACACACCCAGAUGCAAAGCUGGCCUUUCAAAGGCUCUCUGAGGCCUUCGACUCUCUCAGCGGGCCAGAUGGACAGCAAGAGCAGCUGGACCGGUCACGAGGGGGCCGAAGAGACUGGCCAGGGCCGCCCUACCAGCGUGGUGGGGGCUACGACCGUCCAGACAAGCCUGCCCCUCCAGGUUGCUGGGCCGAACCCUUCGGCGAGCAGCGCUGCGGCCGCGAGUUCGAAGAAGAGGUGGAUGAGCGCGGGCCGAGAGGCGGCAAGUCUUGGUGGGACGCUGGCUUUUCGGAAUUCGAACAGCGAUUACGAGCUCGGGAGGCAGAGGAGGUCCGAAAGGAGGCCGUGGAUGCUGCCGUGCAGCGUGGUGAGGACUCUCUGGACGCUUACAUGUCUCUUCUCGAGGAAGAGCUAGCGAAGGGCCCUUCGGAGCGGGGCACGAAACGUGCCACGCCCGAGGCGCAGGGGUGA